AUGGCUGUUCUUCAGCAAGAACUGAAGGAAAUUGAAGAGAAACUAGUAUUCGCCUCUGCAGCUUAUGAAAAAGCUGUUUGGGGAGAACAUACCAAAAUCCAGGUUCUUUUGGGCACACCGCUACUGCGCGCUUUACAAGCCCAUCGGAGAAACCAGAGAUGUGUGCAGCACGCGGGGGUUGCUGUGGUCACCCAUGUCAAUGUUGCGAGAAACGGCUUGAUAAAGCAAGAGGUAAACGCGUCGGUCAUUGCACAUUCUCCUGUCGUUGUUGCCGAGGACGCAAGGGUCUGGUGGGAACCCAUUGUCAAAGAUUGGGCAGAGUGUGAGAAGCUAUUUGUGUCGAUGUGGAAGCUGGAUCCGGAUUUGAGCCCUGCCCUGACAGACCUGAUAAUCAAUGCUUAUGUCUGGGGGUUGCCGGUGGGAAAUCGGUUUCCUUUUGUUCAAGCCUCCCUACCAUCAACCUGA